AUGGAAAACUUAACUGAUGAACAAAUAGAAGAAUUUCGUUUAGCAUUCAAGCAAUUUGACAAGAACAUGGAUGGACUGAUAAGUCUAGGAGAGUUAGGUACUGCAAUGAGAGCAAUGGGGCAUAACCCUACAGAUAUUGAACUUCAAGAAAUGAUCCAAGAAGUCGAUUCAGAUAAAGAUAAUGCUAUUAAUUUUGAUGAAUUCGUUUCAAUGAUGCUAAAAACAAUUAAUGAUGUUGAAACUGAAGAAAAAACUCUCGAAGCUUUCAAAGUUUUUGAUAGAGAUGGGUCUGGGGUUAUAAGAGUUUCAGAACUCAAAAAUAUUAUGAUGAAUUUGGGAGACCCGAUUAAUGAAGAAGAAGCUGAGGAUUUAUUAAGUCUGGCUUCUCAGGAAGAUGGGCUGAUUGAUUAUAUUGAGUUUGUUAAAAGUAUUUUUGGAAGAAGCACAAAUUAA